AUGCGGCCACAAUAUCAUUACUGCGAAGGUGGUUGUAACAAAGUGUCGAUAUGUAACGGUUUUGAAAUCCCCGAGAAGUAUCUCCAGAAAUGUCUUUCAUCUGAAGAAGAUGUGGAAAAAGUCCAAGUCAAAAAGUCAGACAAAAUUGACUUUAUUCUGUUUAUUCGUUCGGGUGAUUAUGGACCUCACACAUCGUUGGCUACAGCUGACACUUGUCAGCUGGAUUUAGACACGAAUAGACCAAUCGCCGGUUCAAUUACAAUUUUAUCAGCUAUGAAAUAUAUUGAUUACAACCCAGGCGAAUUGAAACGAGUUAUUAUUCAUGAAUUAGGACAUACAUUCGGCUUCGAUUAUCAGUUGUUUCCUUACCUACGUCAUGAUGAUGGUAGUCCUAGAACAAAGCGUAACCAACAUACUGGUGAACCGGAAUUGUCAACAGAUGCCAACGAAGGAUUAAAAGCUGAUCGAAAUACUAUAAAAUACGUGUCCAGGACAUGGCAUACAGUCUCCGGUGAGAACACGUACAAGAGAGUCGCAUUAACAUUACCAAGUGUAGUCAACUUUGCAAGAAAUCAUUUUCGAUGCAAUGAGCUUGAUGCAGUUGAUCUAGAAUCCGAUGGUGGCGUUGGAUCUAAACAUUCACACUUCGAACGACGUCUGUCUAUUGGUGAAGCUAUGUCUGCUACUUGCGACAUCAUGGCGUCUGUUUCAGGUUUAACUCUCAGCUACUUCAAAGAUACUGGAUGGUAUAAUGUAGAUAUUUCUAUGGCUAAACCAUGGGAUUGGGGUCGUGGUCAAGGAUGUGAAUUUAUUUUCAAAAGUUGUGGUGAAUUCAUUAAAAGUCAACGGACGUUAUCACCUUGGUGUGAUGAACUAAAUGAUGCAAAUUUUGUUCACUGCAUUCCCCAUGUGAAUGCAUACGGAAUAUGCAAUUUAAAGAAUCUCAGUUUACCUCUAAACCCAGAGCAUAUACACUUCGAUAGCCUGCCCAAUAUAGUGCCUUCGGAACUAAGUAGGUUUGGAGGAUCUGACACUUAUGCUGAUCACUGUCCAUAUUUGUCUAUUAUAACCGAUGUUCAUGUGAAAUCACUGAAUUCUCACUGUGGAGAUACUAAUAAUGAGAAGUACCAAUACCCGAGCAUUUAUAGUCCAUCUUAUGGAAAGAAGUCACGAUGUUUCAAUUAUGGAACAAAGUAUGUGAGUGAAAAGCGCGAUUGGGCAUUCGUGGGUUGUUUUGAAGUGAGGUGUAGUCUUGAAUUCAAACAUCUAGUUUACUUCCGUGGUGAGUGGCGUGAAUGUCCAAGAGACGGUGGUAUUAUGGAAAUAGCUGAAGAUAUAACUGGUCGUGAUUGGAUCCAAUGUCCACGUUUUCAUGAUCUAUGCUCUGUUAAAAAAAUACGAGAAAGAAACGAAAGGAGAGAGAAAGAACAAAAUCUUAUUGCGCAAUCGUAA